CGCUGCCUCCGCCUCCUGCUGCCCCAGCUUGUUGCUGCUGCUGCUGCUGCUCUUUUUACAACUUGGGCUGCAUUUCAGAUGUAACCCGAAAAGUCCCCCCCUCCCCAAGCGGGGCAACCUCAGCUGCCGCCUGGAAGGAACGCACUGCGCUUUACUCCCGUGGAGAGUUGAUUCUCUCUCUCUUGCCGGGGGGGGGGAAUCCGGAUUGCUUUGCCUCUUCCCUCCCCACCCCCACCUCUCGCUGCGGUUCUGUGCACGCCAAGAGUGCGAGGAAGAUUUUUAGGGAGGAGGGGGCGAAAAGCAAAGCACUUGACGGGUUCAAGGUGCUAGUCCCCAAGAACUCGGGAGCAUGCAUCCGUGCUGUCUCGACUAGCCGCCGCCGCUUUUUGCAGCCAGCCGGAAUUGCCUUUUGCAGGGCACAAAAUCACCCCUCCGAGGCGUGCCGUUUGCUGUUCUUUCGCUUCUGGGAAACCACCAUGGACAGAAAACAAGAUUCUAAAGGAUCCUUGGAAAAGCCAAAAGGAGGGAUUAGGAAGCGGCCGCCCAUCUUGAGAAUGCCUUCGGCCAACAAGCACUCAUCUGUCCCCCCAACACCUCCCAGGAACUUGGAUUCCAGGACUUUUAUUACUGUUGGUGAGAAGAACUUUGAAGUAGAGGCAGAUGACUUGGUCAGCAUUAUGGAGUUGGGAAGAGGCGCUUAUGGUGUGGUGGAGAAAGUGUACCAUGCGCAGAGCGACACCACCAUGGCUGUGAAGAGAAUCCGAGCCACUGUGAACUGUCAGGAGCAAAAGAGGCUAGUGAUGGACUUGGACAUCUCUAUGAGGACAGUAGACUGCUUUUACACUGUCACUUUCUACGGAGCCCUUUUCAGAGAGGGUGAUGUGUGGAUUUGCAUGGAGUUAAUGGAUACAUCACUGGAUAAAUUUUAUAAGAAGGUCCUGGAAAAGAAGAAAACGAUCCCCGAAGAUAUACUUGGGAAAAUAACCGUGUCUAUUGUCCGAGCACUGGAGCAUUUGCAUAGUAAGCUGUCUGUGAUUCACAGAGACGUGAAGCCGUCCAACGUCCUUAUCGAUAAACAAGGACACGUCAAAAUGUGUGACUUUGGCAUCAGUGGUUACUUGGUAGAUUCGGUUGCAAAGACCCUGGAUGCCGGCUGCAAACCUUACAUGGCUCCAGAGAGAAUAAAUCCUGAACUGAACCAGCAGGGGUACAAUGUGAAAUCGGAUGUCUGGAGCCUUGGCAUCACCUUGAUUGAAAUGGCCAUUCUCCGUUUCCCAUACGAAUCUUGGGGGACCCCUUUCCAGCAGCUGAAGCAGGUGGUUGAAGAGCCCUCGCCUCAGCUCCCUGCCGACCGUUUCUCAAAGGACUUUGUGGACUUCACAGCACAGUGUUUGAGGAAGAAUCCUGCCGAACGAAUGAGCUACCUGGAACUUAUGGCCCACCCUUUCUUCACCCUCCACGACACCAAAGUGACCGAUAUGGUCUCCUUCGUCACAGAAAUCCUUGGAGACGACUUAAAUUUCACAGACUUCGCUGUCGAACAAAGAAAGAAAGAAAGAUCCUUGCCUCCUCCUGCUGGAGAGAAAAGGAAAUAAGGAUUUCUAUAGCACCAACUGUGGCUUGCACAAAAGAGAAUGAAUGUCUUCGCUGCCUCCCCCCAAUUUUUUUUUAUUUUUAUUUUUAGGCAUUGUGUUGGACUCUUGCAAUUUUAUUACUAUUAUUAUUAUUAUUAUUAUUAUUUAAGAAGAGGCCUCUGUGAAUGACAUGUUUUCGGCACAUAGAAGUCUCUCAGUUCCCAGUCACGCGCAUUCUCCUGAAGGGAGAGGGUUGCUUGCCUCUUCACCUGUUCAUGCGCAAGCCGAAUCUCCUUUGGGUGGGUUUUGGGAAGCACAUGGUGUUACUUUGAAAACCAGGCACUUUGAAAUGCAGCUCUCUCUGUGUGUCUGUGCACACGUGUGCUCGGAGGUACUUGGGAGCCCACUGGAAACUGCAGGUGUUCAAGCCCACAGAUGCCAUGGCCGUGGGUUAAUGGGCAUGUCUGUCUGGGAAACAUUUUGUGGCAGAGACGUGUCCGGACUGCACCACAUCAGCUUGCAAAUGGAGGAUUGCAUUUUUAAAAAAUUCUCCUCCCCAUAACCCCCCUCCCCCCAACACACCCGUAUGUAGAAAACUGGCUCUAGAGCAGAAUGAGGAAAAUGAGGAGGAACAUUUCACCAUGGAGCUUCUUCUCUUCUCCACUCUUGCAGUCUGGGAAGGAAUCUCCCCCAUGUUUUAACAUGACACUUGAUUCUUAGGCACCCCCUUUUAGUUUUGUUACAACCGCAAGCAUUUACUCAUCUAAUUCUAACAACCGGGAUUAUUUAAUUGUUUUGGCUGCAACCAGGUCUAAAUGGAUGUUAGGGAGAAAGGCCAUAGAGCCGUUGUAGAGCAUCCCCUUUGAAUGCAGAAGGUCCCAGGUUCAUUCUUUGGCCUCUGCAGGUAGUCCUGGGAGAGGCUCUGUACCUGAAAGCCUGAAGAGCUGCUGCCAGUCAGUGCCGACAACACUAAGCCAGAUGGACCAAAGAUCUGAUUUAGUAUAAGGCAGCGAUGAAUUGAGGGGGACAGUAAUAAUCUCCUGGGAUAAUCCCACCCAUCAGUUUCUUUUAAAUGCUUUUAAAGUACUCUUCAAGUACUUGAAAGGUUGUCACACAGAGGAGGGCCAGGAUCUCUUCUCAAUCAUCCCAGGGUGCAGGACAUGGAAUCAUGGGCUCAAGUUCAGCUGAAAUCUGGCUUCCUGUAACAUCAGAAAAAACUUCCUAACUGUUAGAGCGGCACAACAAUGGAACCAGUGACCUAGGGUGGUGGUGGGCUCUCCAACGCUGGAGGUGUUCAAGAGGCAGCUGGACAGGCACAGGUCGGGGAUGCUUGAAUUUUGGAUUCCUACACUGAGCAGGGGGUUGGACUUGAUGGCCUCAUAGGCCCCUUCCAACUCUGCUGUUCUCUGGUUCUAUGCUCUGUCCCCUCAGAGUUGUGGGGAAAAUCAAAGAUGGUUUGUCCUCCCCCCACCGUCAUACCCUCUCCCUCCCGUCCUCCUGAAAGUCCUAUUGGAAGUGGUGAGAUGGGGUACAUCUCCCCUGGCUUAGGAACGCAGACCCCUCUUAGGCCAGGCCAAGGGUCCUUCCAGAAGUUUUUGGACUACAACACCCUUCCUCCCUGACCUGUUGGCCAUCCUGGCUGGGGCUGAUGGGAGCUGGAGUCCCUCGGGAGGGCCUCUGGUUUCCCAUCCAUGCUAGAGAGAGGAAGCAUAGCGCAGAUGGGGAUAUUUAAAGUAGCAUUGUGGUUGAGGGAAAAAACGUACGUGCAGAGGUGUCUUAACAAAGCUCCAGAUCUGUUUUUUAAAAUGAGAAGUACAGUUGGGUGUGGGGUGUGUGUGCGUAUGUUUUGAGGGGUGUGAACCUUUGCUGUCUUUUUUUCUACCCAGUGUUGCCUUCCACCACUGCAUUCCUUCUGGGGUUGCAUCCUUGUAAAUGUGCCUGCAGAUGGGCCUUCCGCGGUGGCGGGAAACCAAGGCAGCAAGGCAUGUUGAGGGGAAAGACAGCUGACAGGAGGGGGUUGGAAGGAUGGCGUGUACAAGGUUCCGCCCCAUUAAAACAUUGCUGCAGCUGUGUGCAUGUGCGUGCGUGCACACACCACACACAGAGGGAUGAUGGGAGUUGAAGUAACUGCUCCUGCGCCCUGAGAUUAGCAGAUUCCAUAGAAUCACUUAUUCAUCUGUGAGAUCUCGCAAUGUGUGUGCAGUGUCCAUUCUCCCCCCCCCACGCCCACCUCAAAAAUGCCAACUCCAGCAGACACUUCUUCUGUCAUGCCAGAUCUGCCUGCACAUAGGAAAUAGUCAGAUACUUGGUCUGUCUAGCUCAGUAUUGCCUGCACUGGCUGGCAGUGGCUUUCCAGGAUUUUGGGCAAGGGACAUUUCCAGCCCCCUCUGGUGACAGCUCAGGGGUAGAGCAUCUGCUUUGCAUACAGAAGGCCCAGCAUCUCAAGGUAGGGGUGGGAGAGACUCCCUGUCGGAAACACUAAAGAGCUGCUGCCAGUCAGUGUAGACAGUAUUGAGCUAGGUGGGCCAAUGGCUCAGUAUAAGGCAGCCUUCUAUAUUCCUACUCCAGGGACUGACCUUCUGCACGGAAAGCGGAUGCUCUGCCAUUCAGCUAUGGCCCAUGUCCAAUUUUGAUCCGUAUCGCUCUCCUCUGCCCAGAAAAGAUGACACUUGUUUCAAAGUUGUAAUGAAAUGUAUAACACCCCCCUACACACACACACAAACAGGGGAAGUGUUAUCUAUGACUUGAUGCGGCACCACUUGUUUUCAGUGGUGUGCAUCUUCCCGCCUGAGUGAUCUUUUUCCCCUUUUUAAUAUAUUUGUAUAUAUAAAUUAUAUUUUGAAAACUCAAAUUAUGUAUGGGUGGGAGAAGGUUUGGCAGAACAACUAGCAACUGAAAUGCGAGCAUUUGGGAGGCAGUCACCCAACCCAAGCUUAGGGAGCUUUGGCAAAGUGUUGCAGUUACACCUUAAAAAAACACAAGUGCCACUUGAUCUGUAACCAAUCCUUUGUAAAGGAGUGUCCUUGGAUUCCUGUAAGUAGGCCUUAGUCUUUGAAGGAGGCCACCUCCUUUGGAGAAAUUACAGUUUCCCUCCUCUGCUCCCUCCCUCCAGUGUUACUAAAAGUUCUCAGCCGUAACUAUUUUUGUAGUUCUGUGGAAUGAGAUCCAGGAUUCUGGAACUGCAGGAAUGUAAGCACAGCUGGAUCACAUCCAGAGGGCCAUCUAGUCUGGCAUCUUGCAUCUCAUUGACUAACCAGAUGUCUCUGGAGAGUAUAAGCAGGGCUCUAAAGGUAACAGCCCUUUACUACUGUUGGGGCCGCCCUGCCAUUAGGUAGAGUGAGGUGCCUGCCUCAGGUGCUGGGAGUGUGCGAGCAGGCAUGGAGCAGUCUUAAAAGUGUUUGAGGUCAGAGUUGUAUGCGCCAUGUGACCCCCACACACACCUGGUGCCCCUUAAGCUAGCAAGCUGCCCUUGGGUGCAGGUGAGGAUGCUGUUCUGUCACUCAUCCGGCUAGCAUGUGUAUGCAGAAUGGGUGAGGGGAGGUGCCAACUUCCUUUUCCAGGCAGGAAGCAAAGUUCUUUGGGGUGGCUGUAUCUGCGGUUGCUCCACAGCAACUGGUAUUCAGUACCCACACUGCCUCUGAAUCUGGAGGUGGCAUAUACCCAUCAUAGCUAGUAGCCAUUUAUAAGUCCUUUUUUCCUCUCUGACUUUGCCUCAUCCCCCUUUUAUAGCCAUCUAAGCCACUGGCCGGUGGGGCAAAGUUGCUGUCCUGGCUUCCCAAUGCUGUGUGUUGCUACCAGUUAUUGAGAGGGGUGAGGCAGCAGGGCAGAAGCAGCGUUGGUUGGGUUAGCAACUUCCUUAAACUAAGUAGAUGUCAUACGAUGAAGUACUUUCUUUUGUCUGUUCCAAAACCCAUGCUUUCGCUGUUCUUAAUGGUCUUUUUCAAAACAAAACUAGGUUACGUUUCCUUUUUCUUCUGCUGUUUCUUUCCCCCCUCUCUUGUGCCCAGGCGAAGCGCCGCACUUUUCUCCUGAGGCGCCUUGUGACAGUUGAAUUGCAGCGGUUGUUGCGCACCUGUAACAUUUCUAUCGUUGCCUGUUUUGAAUGUUGUGGUUCUCCUUUGAAAGUAUUCCUCCACCUCCCACCCCAAUUUCUUUUUUAAUGCUUUGGUGGACUUUUUUUUAACUGCAUGGUUUUGGAUUGUAAGCCUCUUUUCCCCGCCCCUCCUUUCCAAUAAAAACCUGGUUUGGGAAGA